AUGGCUGCGACAAGCCCAAAAAAGCGCAAAGCAUCAGAGCUCGAGGAAGACCUGAAAGUGCACGAGACUACAACCAAACCUAAGCACAAAUUAGAGGACAAGACCAAAGCUAAGAAGUCGAAGGCUGUUGAGAGCAAAUACGCCGAUGAAAUACCAUUCGAAAUACACUGCCCUCCAAGACCUUGUGACGUUGAAGAUGAAAAGGCGCACAAAGGAAAUGCAAAGUUAGCAGAGGGUUGGGAAUGCGAAUACACGGUCCUUACGAAAUCUGGUAAAAAGUGGCAGGAUAUCAGGUGCUUCAGGAACGUUAAACUCAGCGAUGCCACCUUUGCUCAGGGCGACAUAAUAUAUGUAUUGAACAGACUGAACCCGCCUAAUCCUCCUGGACCUGGCGCCAGCGAGAAAGAAAACCUCGAGUGGGAUAGAAAGAACACAUACGUUGCUAGGUUUCUCGAAGCUCGAGCGGAAACACCUGACAGAGUAUUCAUACUGAUUGCCUACCUCUAUUGGCCUGAAGAGAUACCUGCACAACAGAAAAAGCAACGAAACUUCUUUAAAGAUCAUGCAGCAGGCGAGCUGAUCAUGAGCAACGAUCUACAGAUCAUCGAUGCUACCACCAUCUCCAACAAAGCAGAAAUAUACCAUUGGGAUGAGACGAACGACGAUCUCGUCAGUGAAGCUCCAGAGAGAUUUUGGAGACAACGCUUUGAUAAGAGCAACUUCGACAAGAAGCACGACUCAUCAAUUGCUCUCACUCCACUUCGCAAGUUUUGCAGGUGUGAAAGGCCAUGCAAUCCCGAUCGUACCAUGUACCAGCACUCUUCAGGAUGCAAAGGCUGGAACCACGAAGAAUGUCUGAUAGACGAAGUUGGAGCACGACUCUGGCAGAGCUAUGCUAGUGGUAACAUGGACGACUACGCAAGGUACAACACACCACCCGCGUCAAAGUCGCUAGCUCAAGUGGUCAAGAACAUGGGCAAGAAGCUAGAAGGCAGAUUCGAGAACAUAAUCGAGCAAGGUGUCAUGGCGGUCCAAGAGGAGUCAACAGCUACUCUACACGCCUCCAGCAGUACCAACGGACACAAUUCUACACUGGGGCCACCCGCCAAAACACGGCCUUCAAAAAGUCACAAAAAGGCAAGGCCGAAGAAGAAGAAUCUAUGGAUAAAAAACCUUACUAUCUCAAUUAUCGCCAAUCGUAAGGACCAGCCUCUAUUCGCUGAGGUCAAAGAGAAGUUAUCGGAUAAGUCAUGGCAGGUUAAAGUCGACUGCUUAUGUUGUGAUAAGACGUUGGAUUGA